UAAGGCAGCGCAUCCCAAUGGGCUGUGGGGGAGGACUAUCCAAAUUUUGCGCUGUUAAGAGAUAGGCUGAGCGUGGAAACGAAUUCGUUCGAACAAACCAAGGUCACAGCUGAACAUUAUAUAGCAAGUGAACCGUAAACAUGGGUGUUUGGAACCAAAUGCGGGGCUGUCGAAGGGUGCUAAAUAGCAGUACAGUCAUGUUUGCUGGAAAUAAGCAGGGUUUCAUCAGCAUCAGAUGGUCUACAGCAGGAUAUUCUAUGGACACAGCAAAACAUCUGGGUUCAGGUUCCGAGUGCCCGCCGCUGAAGCCGGGCACUCUGCGCGUCUACUCGAUGAGAUUUUGUCCAUACGCUGAGCGAACGCGACUGGUCCUCGCUGCCAAACAUAUCCCACACGAGGUGGUCAACCUCGACCUGAAGCAGAAGCCGGAGUGGUACGUGGCCAAGCAUGCGGUCGGCAAGGUGCCCGCGCUGGAGCUGGACAACCAUUUUGUGCCCGAGAGUCUGGUCACGUGUGACCUGCUGGAGCAACUGUACCCGGAGCCGGCCCUCUACCCGGCUGAUCCCUGGGCCAAGGCCCGUGACCAGUUCAUGGUGGAGCAGUUCAACGCGUGUAUAAACACUAUGCACAAGACGCUCCGCCUUUCCGAAGAUGCGGAGGCGAUGCAAGAGCUGGCGGAGAAGUCCAGGAAGAGGAUGCGGCCGUUCGAGGAGGAGCUGAUUCGCCGCGGCACGCCCUUCUACCACGGCGACCAUCCGGGUAUGCUGGACUUCAUGAUCUGGCCGUGGAUGGAGCGGCUGCCGGCCUUCCAGACCCUGGGCCUCGCCAUCCUGCCGGAGCAGACUGCGCCGUCGCCGGACUCCGCCAAACACCUGCGGGAGUGGAUGACACGGAUGCAAGGACAUCCCGCUGUCAAGGAUUGCCUGAUCAGCACCGAAACACACAGUCGCUUCCUGUCGGACCUCAGGAAAGGCACCCAAGACUACAACAUGGAGGGCAAUUAGACCAUCGUUGUGGAUGGUAUCGGACAAUGAUGAAUGCCCUUUACGCCCAACUGUGCAAUCGAUUGAUGACCUAUGGCAUAUCUAUGGGUUGUGGUGCCAUCGAGAAAGCCGAGCUGAUGAAGCAUCCAAAUUUGGGUUUUGGGUGCGCAUAAGUGUGUGAUCUUUACAUAUACGGGGUGCAUGAUCACAAGGCUUUCGAAGUCGGGCGUUGGUAGCGCCCCCGGUCGUAACCUCCCGUACUUGUUGGUGGCGCCGAAAGCGCCAUCGUGUCUCCUCGUGUAGAAUAGCGGGGCCCCGGGCGGUCUGCAUGGCCACCGCCGCCGUUCCGUUUUGUCAGGGAUGCGCGCGAUGUCCACACAAGUCGGCGUAACAUGCUGUAUCACUGAAGCUGACGAGGCGAGCCCCAUCGUCCAAGUAGUUGCGGUAUGAAAUAAUGAAAUCAUGGACUUCCGAGUGCCGGAUUGAUUCCGAGGUGGUUUUGGUUAGGCAAAGUGCAUCUGCUCGACCUUUUGCUCGUUGCGUAAACGGAGUGUUCGAACGCGGGCGAGGAUGCCCAGGAAUAUGGAGUGCCUGUUAUGGAGCGUCACUUAAUCCUUUUUAAGUGCACAUGUGUGUUUGACGAUGGAUGGGCAAGCGCUAUGGAUGUAAAUUGCUCCAUUUUGUGCAAUACUCUGUCCACAGAAAUGCAGCGCAGUCGCGGUGAUGGAGACGUUUGUACGCUUGCGUCUGACUGCGCAGUCAUUGCCAGAGACAGACGUGAUCCAGCGUGUGGUGACCAGCGCGCGUUCAGUGUAAACCACCCUGUUAGCGCUCUCAGCUGUUGAUCCAUGCAUUUCGGUUUUCGCGGAUAGCUGUAACGAUUGCUUGGAACGCCGCGUUACAUAACACUAUCGAUACAAAACAUCUAUUGUUGGUGCUUCACAAUGUCAGUAACUGGAAGACGAGUCGCUA